UGUUGUUUAGGCUACAGGUGUGAGUCUUCGUUUUGCCAGAUUUUACUUCCUGUGGCCGGUUUGUUACCCAAAGAAUUGGGGUAUUGUAGUGCUGUGGUUGUCCUGUAAAUCAAUGUUAGUGCUCACUUUAGGUUUUCCUGAAGAGAAUCUUCAAAAUAGUACGAAGGUCUGCCGGCAUGGAAAAGUAAGAGUUCUUAAUGGACCAUAAAGCAUGGUAAUAGGCUAGUGGUAUGAAGUUAGCAUCCUUUACUCAGCAAUACGAUGAAAGGAACCCACUAAGCCGCCAGCUAUUGAAGUUUGGGAGCAAACGAAAGCGAAAGUGCAAGUGCAAGUGAACGAAUCAAUCCAGAGGCGUCCACCCCCGCCGCUGUCUCUGGGAAACGGAGUUGUUUGACGUUAAGCCGUUUGCCUGCUGACCGCCUUGGAAACUUAAACUCUCUUUGGCACCGCCCCGUACUCCCACCAGUGACUUAAGCCACCACCCGUGGUGGAAUACACUCUCACGCUCUCCGUCGAGGAUAGCCGCCACGCUAGUGCUGCUGCGGUGCCGCUGAAAUAACUCUCCGGCCAGUCUGAUUGUCUCUCACGUGCGCGAUCGGAGUGGUCAACUCUUUGCGGACCCGAGAGGAUCGUGAAGAUCUGUGGUGCUAUCAAAAGCUUUCCGGAUGCGAACCGCGAAGCUCCACUUGCGAACGCUACCACGGUUCCAUGCUGUGUAGGUUGUGUUUUUGCAGUGUGUAUUCAAAAAAAGAAGAAUCGAGUCGAACGAAACUGAAAGUGAAUAUGCCGGGACGGGUUUGAAAGUGAAUCUGCUGGUCCUGUGAGUGAACGAACUUUUUGGUGGAAUUUAGUGCUCCUGGAAAAUGUUGGAUUUCUAGAACGCAUGAUUCUAAAACUAAGUUAGUGGAUUUGCUUGGAAAGAGUAGUGAAUUCGGUAAUAGUGCGCAUCCGAAAGUAAUCAAACCAAGUGCGAAGUUGUGGAUUAGGAUUGUGACAACGGUGAAGUGUUUUCCGUGCUGGAGGAGGAACAAGAUCAGCACCAGAGGGUCCUAGCACCUUCAACAGGUCUGAGCUAUAGUAUAAUUGUUGUUUUUGAUGUUGUGCCGCUUGCUCGCUUUAGUUCUAUGAAUAGUGCUUGUGUGAAACAUUUCUUUUUUUUAGUUCUAAGCCUGACUUUUAGUAAUUCCUUAUGAGUUGCCUUCAGUUUUUUUUCUUCAACUUUUAUCGGUAAACAUUUCACGCAAUAAACAACUGAAAACUGGGAAAGGAUGCUGCUCAUCUGUAUGUGUCCUGUGAGAGUUCGAAUGCAAACCACCUGUUGUUGGCUCGCGAUGGAUGCUGCGCCAGCCCCGGUGAAAUAGUGAGCGUUUCUGUGUUGGACUGAGCGGCAAGUGUUUGAAACGAAAGUUAGAGGACAUGCGAACCCGUUUGGCUUCGUUGAUUGUCGUGAAGCAGGAACCUUUGUCGGAUGCGGGAGACGAAUACUACGGAGGUUUCGGUCCGGAAUCAGAAAACAGAGCUGCCCCCGGUGACGAACUGAACAAUAACAGUACUAACGGUAAUGAUUAUUGUGAACAGCCUGGUGCACCAUUUCUCUAUGGCCGUGAUUUCCCGACGGGGGCCGUUCGUGGUCGUGGUGAUCUGAACAACAAUCAGUACUCCGGACAGGAUUUUCAGUUGUUUGACGAGAAAAAGUGUGCUCCACAACUUCUGUCGCAAGUUGUAACCUCCCCGCUAUCAAGUGCUGUUCAAUCGCCACCGGUUCCAGCAAAGACGACAGCCGCAGCGAUCCUCACUUCUGUGCCAUCCACAUCCAGCGUAACCAAGGGCCUGGUCAGUUCUGUUUCGGGUGCUCAUCUCAGUGGGUCCGUGCGGAAAACUACCGGUGAUACCAGCUCCGGCGGCAGUGGUGGUAACAACAGUAUGUUACUAUUGCAAACUCAGGCCUCUUCCUUUAGUUCAGUUUCUUCGUUUGAUUAUUUACUAUCGCAACAGCAGAACCAUCCCGAGCAGUCAUACCAUCAGUUAGGCUCAUUCGGUCCUACUCACCAACAAUCGCAACAUCAAGAGCAGCAAAUUGCAGCAGAACUUGUGCCGACCGCAAAUCAACUCGACAAAUUUGUAGAUUUUUUCGGUUCGUCACAAUCACAAACACAAGCGGAAUCAAUAUCCACUGAAUCGUAUAUAGAUCAAACACAGCAUUCGAACAGCUCCAGCGACACACUAGUUGGACUUGAAGAAAAUCCCUCCACGUUCGGUGAAUCUAGUGAUAGUAUCUCAGUGGCCUUACUGAAGGCCGCUUAUAAGGAAGAUAACUUAACAGAACUUCGAGACCCAUUCAGUACUGGUCCUCCUCGCACACAGACUACCGGACCCGAACAAGAUCUCCUCCUCGAUACAUCCUCUACUGAAGAACUCGGACUGUUAACACUACGUUCCAGCAGUGACCCAGUUCUAGCUAGCAGUGCACGUCAACAACAACCCCAAGCUCACCAUCAUUUAAUACAACAACAACAACAACCGCAACGACCCGGGCCAAGACAAAUCCCCUCGACAGAAGUGGCUGGCGGCACUAGUGGAGUCAACCCAAUUCUGCCCAGCUUCCAAGAAACCUAUCCAAUCAAAUACAAUCAGUUGGCUAACUUCGGUUUAAAGAUGGACGAAGAUUGCUUCAAAAUUGCAGCUUCACCACACCUUCAAAACGUUAGCUACGGCCAUCAAAGCUACGGGCAUCACACCGCCGUCCAGCAAGCACACUAUGAGUUCCAGCAGCACACCGCAGCUCCCAACGCGCAAUAUACUAAUCCAACGUCCGGUGGAAGCUUCUACUCGCCCGCAUAUGAACAGCACGCAGCGGUAAGUCACAAUCCCAAUCCGCCAGCAACAGGCAGUUUGAUAACUGUUUCCCUCCCACAGAGCUACGGUGCCGUAACACCACAAGACUCGUACUCCCUCCCUCCAUUCCCUACAAUUGCCGAGCUACAUGUAUCGACGACCUGCUAUCGACGUGCUUCGCUACCGCUGCAGCGCUCGGAAUCCACCUCCAGCAGCGAAAGUCCAAAACCUCCUCGAGUGGGCAUUUACAAGUACACCGCUCUACCAAGCGCAUCCAGUUCAGCAUCCAGCUCCCCAGGCUACAUCAACAAUAACAAUCCGAAUACGGUGAACAACAAUGAGGUAGCGGCUGCUGCUGCGGCUGCUGCAGCUGUUGGUAUAUCAACUCCAGUUCCUCGUGGGACGACACCACAAAGCCCUUCGCAGCUAUGCGCUGUAUGUGGCGAUACUGCUGCCUGUCAGCACUACGGUGUACGGACGUGUGAAGGUUGCAAGGGCUUUUUCAAGCGAACAGUACAAAAAGGCUCCAAAUAUGUAUGCCUAGCGGACAAGGCUUGCCCUGUGGAUAAACGACGAAGAAAUCGCUGUCAAUUCUGUCGAUUCCAAAAAUGCUUAACAGUCGGUAUGGUCAAGGAAGUGGUACGAACUGACUCUCUGAAAGGACGCCGAGGUCGGUUACCAUCAAAACCCAAAUCCCCACAGGAAUCGCCUCCGAGUCCACCUGUUUCAAUGAUUACUGCCUUGGUGCGAGCUCACGUCGACACCACUCCCGAUCUCGCUAGCCUAGACUACGGUCAGUACCGGGAACCUGGCCAGAAUGAACCAAUUAUCUCCGAAGCGGAGAAAGUGCAACAAUUCUACAACCUCCUAACGACUUCUGUCGAUGUGAUCAAGCAGUUUGCCGACAAGCUACCCGGUUUCAGUGAUCUCAGUCCCGAUGAUCAGGAACUUCUGUUCCAGUCAGCUUCCCUCGAGCUGUUUGUACUGCGGCUGUCCUACCGAGCUCGAAUCGACGACACCAAGAUGACUUUCUGCAACGGAGUCGUUCUACACAAACACCAAUGCCAGCGCUCGUUUGGCGAUUGGCUCAAUGCCAUUCUGGAAUUCAGCAAAAGUUUACACUCGAUGGAGAUUGACAUCUCGGCGUUUGCCUGUUUAUGCGCUCUCACCCUCGUGACAGAACGAUAUGGUUUACGGGAACCGAAGAAAGUCGAACUGCUUCAGAUGAAGAUCAUUAGCAGCCUGCGGGAUCACGUGACAUACAAUUCGGAAGCCCAGCGGAAGCCGCACUAUUUCAAUCGGCUACUGGGGAAGCUUCCGGAAUUGAGAUCACUCAGCGUCCAGGGAUUGCAACGGAUAUUCUAUCUGAAACUAGAGGAUCUCGUACCGGCACCGCCACUGAUCGAGAACAUGUUUCUUGCCAGUUUGCCGUUCUAAGCCUGCUGCUACAGCAACCAGCAUGGCAGCGUGAAUCUCGUAACAUUUGAAAGACUCUACUGGAGAAAGCGAACCGAGCUUGAUGAGUGAAGACUUGCAAGUUUUAGAUUACUCCUAGACUUACCUAUUAUUUUUACAAGUGCAGCAGUCUUUGUGUUUCAGCUGGGAGUGUGGGCGCGUGUGAUUACUAAGCGAUGAACCGAAAUUAGAUAUACCUUUCACAAUAAAUGUGCAAAUCACAAUCGGCUACGGUUAGGUUAGGUGUUACCUAUCCAGGUGUACUUUUCCCUUUAGGUGUAUGUACAAACAGGGUAUACUAUCCCACGGAUCAGUGUUG